GACUAGGAUUAUUGUAGGAAAUCCUCCAUGAUGCUACAGAUGGAGACAUAAUAUUGUUGAGAUGAUAUCUGGAUGAUUACAUAUGUUCUUUGUUGAGUGGCCUUUGGUUGAACGAAUAAAUCAAGAGAUACAAUAUAACUGAUUGAACUUGUAUAUUGUGGUAGAGUGUAAUUGUUUAUUUCUUUGGCCCAAAUUAGAAAGAAAAAAGAUCACUUCAAUAUGGGAACACCGAUUUGAUUGUAAUCCCAGUUUCCUUGAGCGGAAAUUAUAAUCCAAUUUCUUUCCCUUUACCCAACUGUUACAUAUACUAUUGAAAUUCAUCAGAUUCAUUCCGACCAUGACUAAGCUAAAUGCGGUCCAUGUUUCUGUUUUGGCUUUGGUCAAUGUUUUCGUUUUUACCCGACUGGUGCACAACAUUAGCCUAGAUGAGAGUGGUUUACAUUGUUGGAGUCGUCAUAGAUCUACCCAGUGAAUCCUUUAAUUUUUUUUUAAUGGUUACUUUAAGCGGGGGUUGGGGAGGUUGGAUUGUACAAGUGGGCUCUCGGUUGUUGGUUUGUGUUCUUUUAAGGAAUUAUAAGUUUGGUUGGUGGACCCUGGGUUUCUUGUUAAGGGGAAGGAGUACGAUGAUUUAUUAAAGGAGCGAGCUUGGUCGAAUGUGGUGGGGUGCAUGAGAAUAUGGUUUAUGCUUCAUUCAUAAGGAUAUACAUAUGUUUUCUUUUUCUUCCUGAUGUGGAGAUGUUAUCAAGUGGAUAAAAAGUGUUUGCUUGAAAGUAAUUGAUGUUUAGCGCAAGUGAUUUGUUUUUUGACUUGUUGAAGAUUACUGGAUAUCCCUAAUGUUAAGCAUGUAACAAAAUAGCAAGAAAAUGUCGCUUUCCUUGUAUCGAAUUAAUGUUUUCAGGCUUCUUAAUUAGAAUUAAUGGUUUUUGGUUUGCAUGCUGACACAAUGGAGGAGAGUAAUACGAGUUCGGAACUAGACGCACUGGGAACAUCAUGUGAAGGUUUCUUAAGGAGGAGUUCAGAGGGAUGAGACAGGAAAGAAAUUGGAUGAGUAAAGUGAAGGUCAAGUAAUGAAUUUUUAUUGUUAUCAUUAUUUGCAUAGGGUAUGUGUAUAAGUUAAUCCUCAUCAAAGUUAAUUUAACGGCUUUGGUGGUUGUGAAAGUUAUGGUAUUCUUGUUGUGGCAGUAAAGUUUGGUUUGAAUCUGGUGGUCUUGGUGAAGUUCGUUGAAGAAAGUAAUGGUAAAGAAGAAAUGACGUCAUUGUUUACUUCAAUGCGUAUUAUGUGCAGAUAGUUUAUAACUGAGCUAGUAUUUGAUUCAACUGUAGUGAAAUCUUUGGUUAAUUGUUUCAUUUGGCAAUGGCUCAGUUAGGGAAUAUAGAAAAUCUUAUAGCUGCUAGGGAAUUGUUGACUAGUAGCUUAGAGAAAUCAAAACAUCUAGCUUCUGCAAUAGAUAAGACUGGCCGGAAACUGGAGGAGAUCAACCAGAGAUUGCCAUCAUUGGAAGCUGCUAUCAAAACCCUCGCAAGCAAGUGUUCUCUUUCUGAGAUUGGAAGGCAUAUCGACCCUACUGUCGGCCCUGCUGCUGCUGUUUUGAAUGUGUUUGACGCGGUCCACAUGCUUGAAGAAUCACUCUCGGCUGAUCCUUGUUCCAACCUCUUUCGUUAUCUUUCAAUCGUCAAGCAACUUGAAGAGGCGCUAAAAUUCCUCACUGACAAUUGUGGGCUAGUUAUUCGGUGGUUGGAGGAUGCUGUACGGUUCCUGGAAGGGAAUGCAGUUGUUGAUGAUGAUCGAUACCUCUUGAAUUUGAAUAAAUGUUUGAGAAUACUUGAGGAGUUAAGGGUGACCGAGGAGCAUUCACUUCUUAGUGGAGGGUGUUUGUGUGCUGCAUAUGGGAAGCUGGAAAGCGAAUUCAGACGUAUCUUGAUGGAAAACAGUUUUCCUCUUCCCAUGGCUUCCUCGUCAGUCUCUGUUGGGGAGCAAGCCUGCAUUGCUUCACUACCCUUCCCGGUGCCUGUUAUUCAGAAGUUGCAAGCCAUUAUUGAGAAAUUAACUACUAGUAAUAGGCUUGAAAAGUGCAUUUCUAUGUAUGUGGAGGUUCGGAGUUUGAACGCUAGAGCAACUUUACAAGCUCUUGAUUUGGACUACCGAGAGAUAUCAUUAUCAGAAUUCGAUAGUGUGCAAAGUGUGGAGGGUUACAUAGAUCAAUGGUGCAAGCAUUUGGAAUUUGCUGUGAAGCAUGUAUUUGAGCUUGAGUACAAACUUUGCGAAAAUGUAUUUGAGAAGGUUGGGUCUGAUGUUUGGAUGGGUUGCUUCGCGAAGGUCACUGUCCAAUCUGGACUGCAUGAUUUCAUCAAAUUUGGGAACACCAUUACCAAGGGAAAGAAGGACGCCAUCAAGCUACUGAAGCUACUGGACAUUUUCGCAGCUUUGAACAAACUGAGAUUGGAUUUCAACCGACUGUUUGGUGGGAAAGCAUGCGUUGAAAUCCAAACUCGGACAAGGGAUCUCAUCAAGAAGGUUGUCAACGGAGCCAGUGAGAUUUUCUGGGAGCUCUCAGUCCAAGUGGAGUUGCAGAGGCAAUCUGCUCCUCCUUCGGAUGGCAGUGUUCCAAGGCUGCUAAGCUUUGUCACCGACUACUGUAAUCUGCUGCUUCACGACAACUAUAGACCGAUCCUGGCUCAAGUCUUGGAGAUUCAUCGGAGUUGGGACCAUGCAAAAUUCGAAGAGGAGCUACUUUCACACGAGGUCCAUGACAUCAUAAAGGCGAUUGAGCUGAACCUGGAGACAUGGGCGAAGACAUACGAAGACACCACCCUGUCCUACCUUUUCCUGAUGAACAACCACUGGUACUUGUACAAGAAUCUGAAGGGCACCAAGCUUGGCGAUCUAAUGGGAGAUUCUUGGCUGCAAGGACACGAGCAGUACAUGGAGUACUACGCGACUCUCUACCUGAGAGAGAGCUGGGGAAAGCUCCCUGCAAUGUUGAGCGAGGAGGGUCUGAUUUUGUUCCCCGGUGGGAGAGCCAUUGAUCAUGAUCUGGUCAAGAAGAGACUCGAAGUGUUCAUGGAUGCUUUUGAUGGCAUGUAUAAGAAGCAAUGUAGUUGGGCUGUGUCGGAUAAGAGCCUGAGAGGGAAGGCUUGCCAGCUUGUGGUGCAAAUUAUAGUCCCUGCUUAUCAGAAAUUCUUGCAGACAUACAUGCCUUGGGUCCAACAAGAGGCAAGUCCUAGCAGGAACACAAAAUAUAGUGCAGAAAGGUUGAAGAAUAUGGUUUGCUCUCUGUUUCAGCCAAAGCUAGGGAUGUAUGGAAGCAACACGUGCACAAAUAUGAUGGGUAACAUUAAUAAUGCCGCGAUCAAUCAGUUAUCUUCCACUCCUGCAGCUGCAUGAUUGUGUGUGAAUGAUUGUCUGGGAGAAUAGUUGUUUGGUGCUGACAUUGUAGUCAAGAUAAUUAAGUUUGUACAUUGCCAAUUUUCUCCAUAUAUUAAUGAUUUGGAGAGAAAAGAUAGAAAAAAAAAAAAUUUGAUAGCCUGAAAUGUGUUUGGUUGUCUUAAACGAAGAGAAAAGAAAGAAUUGGGAGAGAUUUGGAGAGAUAACAAUAUCCUCCUAAAAAUGGAAAAAUUUGGAGAGAAAUGAUAAUAGUUGAGUAAUACUUUCAUAAUCCCUAAAGUACGUUCGGAACAAAUUACAAGUUUUAAAAAACUUGUAAUUACAUUCGUGUCUCAUUUUAUAAAAAAAUAUGAUAGUAAUUUAACUGUUAUCAUUUCAUUUCGUUUCUUUUUUCUCCUUU